GGGACCUGGGGCGGCAGCGCCGCGCCUCGCGCUCCAUGGGGCUGAGCUGGAGACGGGCCCCAGCCUGCGGCGGCCAAGUCCUGCGCCCGGCAGAGGCAGCGAAGGGCACCUCGCAGAGCAGAGAAGGCCCGGGGCAGCGGCCGGUGGCCGGGCACUGAGGGGGCCCCAGCACCCAGGGGCUCCGGAGCCGGCAUGUGCGGUCCCGCGCUGGGGCUGUGACCGUCGCGGGGAGAUCUCCCGAAAUCAGCUAGAAGACAGAAUGGCAAUGUACAGGAGUGGGAUCUGUACCAAUCAUUUCUCACCAUUACACUCGGCGAGAGGCAGAAGCAAAGUUGACGGGGGAGCCGCAGCAAUCGACCCCGUGCUGUGAGGACACAAGAUACUGAAGUCAAGCUUAUGGCACAGACUACCCUCCUGUAAGCAGGCAGCCAAAACUUGUGGACUAAGCCAGGAGGUGUCUGCAGUACCACGCUUGGCCCUAAACUGGGUUGCUACGGAACAGUUCCACCUGUGACAGACCCAAAUACAAUCAGAACAUCGCAUACUCCACUUUUAAAACGAGCAGUGAGAGAAGAUGGAUACUUUCUCAGACUUCACUGCAAAGAACCUCUCCUCUUCAGCCAAUAUGUCACAUUCCCUGCCCAGCCGUUUGGACUACCAAUUCAAUGUUACUAGCCAUUCUCCUUCCAUGUCAAUAAGCAGGCUUUUCCCAGCCCUGCUACAAUGCUUCGGCAUCAUCCUCUGUGGAUAUAUAGCCGGAAGAGCCAACAUCAUCACAUCAAGUCAGGCCAAAGGACUGGGAAAUUUUGUCUCCUGUUUUGCACUUCCAGCUUUACUAUUCAAAAACAUGGUGGUACUUAAUUUUUCCAAUGUGAACUGGUCCUUCCUUUGCAGCAUCCUGGUUGCCAAAGCUUCUGUAUUUUUCUUAGUCUGUAUUUUAACAUUAUUGGUAGCCAAUCCUGAAAGUCGAUUCAGCAAAGCAGGACUGUUCCCUAUUUUUGCUACACAAAGCAAUGACUUUGCACUGGGAUAUCCUAUAGUUGAAGCUUUAUAUCAAACUACUUACCCAGAAUAUCUCCAGUACAUUUACUUAGUGGCUCCAAUAUCUCUUAUGAUGCUAAACCCAAUUGGGUUUAUCUUCUGUGAAAUCCAGAAAUGGCGAGAUAAUCGCAGAAUGUCGCACAACAAAAUGAAAAUAGUGGGACUCGUUCUCCUUCGAGUGUUGCAGAACCCAAUAGUAUUCAUGGUCUUCAUAGGAAUUGCCUCAAAUUUUAUUCUUGGCCAGAAGAUUCCAGUGUAUCUUGAAAAUUUCCUUGAUGGACUAGCUAGUUCAUUUUCUGGCUCAGCACUUUUUUACCUUGGACUCAGCAUGGUGGGACAAAUAAAAAAACUGACAAAGACUGCAUUUGUUGCACUGAUUCUUCUCAUCACAGCUAAACUACUGAUGAUGCCACUUUUCUGUAGAGAGAUGGUGGAACUGUUGGACAAGAAUGACAGCUUAGUCAACCACACCAGUUUAUCAAACUAUGCAUUUCUCUAUGGAGUCUUUCCAGCAGCACCUGGCGUGGCUAUCUUUGCAAACCAGUUCAAUAUGGAAGUAGAGAUUAUUACCUCAGGAAUGGUGAUAAGCACAUUUGUGUCUGCUCCUAUCAUGUAUGUUUCUGCUUGGCUAUUGACCAUUCCAUCUAUGGAUCCAAACCCACUGGCAUCUGCAAUCCAAAACGUUAGCUUUGAUAUAAGUAUUGUCAGUCUCGUCUCCCUGAUCUGGUCUCUUACUGUUAUUCUUUUGAGUAAGAAAUAUAAACAGCUUCCUCAUAUGCUGACAACAAACUUACUCAUUGCUCAGGUUGUUGCGUGCAUUGGAAUGGUGAUAUGGAAUUUCAUUAUUAGAGAGAGAAACAUCACUCUGCAGAUUCUGGUGUUCAUGUUGUUAUACAGCUCGCUUUAUAGUACUUAUUUGUGGACAGGUUUCCUCUCUCUGACUUUACUCCUUUUAAAGAAAAGAGACGUAAUAAAGAUCCCUGUUGGCUUUAUCAUCUUAGCUGGAUGGGGCAUCCCAACACUUCUAGUGGGAAUCUUACUAAUAACUGGUGAACGUAAUACUGAUAGCAUUGACUCAGCAUUUUUUUAUGGAAAAUAUCAGAUGGUUACCACAGCAGUGACCCUAUUCAUCAGCAUUCUGAUAUCAGGAAUCUCACUUCUGUGUAUGAACAGAAAUGGACAGGAGACUGACUAUGAGGUAUUGAACCCAUAUUCACAUAAUGGCCAGAUGGAGAACUCUGAAAGGGAAGGGAAUGAGGAGAAUCAGACAUCAAUCAGUGGCUCUCCACCUUUCGCAGAAUCAUCUGCAGAAAGAGGUUGGUGUUCAUGUCAAACAAUAAAUGGUGAGUUAUGCUGCUCUGGAGAGGAAGAGCCAGUGUCAAAUGCCACCACUAAUGAUAGCUGUACUCCUCCCACCGAGACAGCAAAUCAGUGUGAGAGUCAGUGCAGUUCUGAAAACUGCCUAUUGGCACAGGAGGAACAACGUCUGCAGAGUGGAGAUAAACAACUGGCUAGACAUGUGUUGCUGUGUUUACUUCUCAUUGUGGGCCUGUUUGCUAAUCUGUCCAGCUGUUUGUGGUGGUUGUUCAACCAAGAACCUGGAAGGCUCUACGUGGAAUUGCAGUUCUUUUGUGCUGUUUUUAAUUUUGGUCAGGGCUUCAUAUCCUUUGGUAUUUUUGGUUUGGAUAAACAUUUAAUCAUUCUGCCAUUCAAAAGAAGGUUUGAAUUCCUCUGGGGUAGUAGAGAAGCAGUAGAACAUGCAGAGUCUUCUGUACCUGAGGAAAUCAGGAUGACAUGUCAACAGUUUGUUCAUUAUCACAGAGAUGUCUGUGUCAGAAGCAUUGUCAAAGACAGAAGGUGUGGUGCAAAGACCUCGACUGGCAUCUUCUUUGGCUGUGAGCUGGUGAACUGGCUUAUCCAAGUUGGCCUUGCUUCUGACCGUGGUGAAGCUGUGAUGUACGGAGACAGACUGGCAAAAGGAGGAGUCAUCCAGCAUAUUACCAACGAAUUUGAAUUUCAGGAUGAGUACUUGUACUACCGUUUUAUUCGUAAGAGAUCCACAGUGACCAAAAGCCACUAAAUUGGGCCCACUGAAGUCUAAAGCAUUUUUUUCUUAUGCAAAUCAUUGAAUUGGGUGUUUCUCACUUGUAAUGCAGAUGAAAUCUGGUGGUUCUUGUUCCACCUAAAGAAAAUUUGUAGUAAAUGGCCUGCUUUGAAUGCUUACUAAUGAAAAAAUCUUUUAUUUAAUUAUUUUAAGUAAUGUAACUGGAAAACAAAGUAAGACGCUCACAGUUCAGUGAUUUUUUCAAUUUGAACGUAAGCAAUAUAAACCGAUUCCUCAACCCCAAUAAAACUGCACUUAGCUGCUGAUGGCACGUAAAAAACUUUAAAACAUUCUAUAUUAAGAAUAUUUCCCUCUCCUGGUGAAAUCCUGAGCUCCCAUUUAAGUUAAAUGAGAGUUUUUCCUUUGACUUAAUGGGACCACGAUUCUCCCCUGCCACCCCUGUUACUUAGGACCCUUGCAUAAAACCAGGAACUUUAUGUUCAUGGUUUUACCUCUCAGUUUAUGCUGCUUAUUCCUCCCUUGAAGAGACAGUCCUCUGUUUGUGGUGAUGAUAAUUGCUGUGAAGAUGAUCACAAUGUCAAGGAAUUAGAACUGAGAAAUGAGCAGAUGAACAAUUAACAAAGAUCCUGGUUUUAUACAAGUUUACCAAGUCUUAAAGAGAUGUUUUUAAUAAAACAAACAAACCAAACAAAACCCUAGAAACAUCACAGAAUAUAAUGAAUUCUAAGUAGUUUGUUUUCCAAAGAUUUUCUCUUAGGUGUUAGUAACUCUGCAAAGACAGAGUAAUUAGCAAAUAACACCUUCAUCUUCAAACCCUAGAAGCAAUUGCUACUCUUGGUGGGGUGGUAGAUAUUUAGUACCUCUCCAAAUCAAACCCAAAACUUUGAACAAAGCAUAAAACCUCUGAACUAGGUGUAAUGUCUUUAAAAUGCAUGAUCCAAAGAAUCCUUGUUAAACUUCUGAAUUUGGUUUUAGAAUAUCUAAGUAUCUGAAAAUUGUCUUUAUCAGAGCUUUAUUUCUUGGAUACAAGAUAAUCAAAUUCUAGUAAACCCCAGUAACCUCCCUAAAAUGUUCAAAUAGUUACUUGAAUACUGUAUGUUAUAUUCAUAUCUAACUUGAAUGUACUGAAAGAGAGUUUGAGUCCAUGUUAUCUAUAAUAAUUUGAAAUGGCUAAAGCAGAACCCUGGAGUAUGGAAUAGCCCUUUUUACUGCCCUUUUAAAACUGCAACAAGAGCGCUAAAUUGUUGCCAUAAAAUUUCUAAUCACUAGUGUAAUUGAAAAAACCAGAACAAAAUCCUGCUUUGUUUCCUUAUCUGGAGUAGCUGCAUGUAUAGAGCAAUUUCCCUCAGCUCCCCACACCCUCCUUUUUUUUUAAAGACACAGAUUUUACUUUUUAUGUGGCCAUUAUCUGCUAGUAGUAAGAAUAAAGUCGUUUUAACAGGAUAAACCACAAUACAAGGAGAAGUGACUUUACAGUAGCUACAAUGUGGAUGUUGCACCACAUGCAUGCAAGACUGACACUGAGAAAGCAAUUCCUUUUUGCUGUCAAAUAUAUAGUCUUAUUGCACGUUAGUCUGCCGUGUGCAUUGAUGCAGACAGUGUCCUACUGUAUGCUAUACAAACUGAUAUUUUCUUUUUCCACAACAAAGAAACUGACAUUUGUAACAGGCGGUGGAUUAGCAUAAUCCGUGAGUGAAAUGGAUGGCAUGUUUGUUACACUGCAACAGCUGAAAACAGCUGUGUCAAGCUAUUUUGGAUGAAUUAUAGAUGUGUGUGUGUGUUAAGAGUAGAAGCAGUAAAUAUCUAUGGCUUCUGAAUGUUGCUACUUAUCAAUAAAUCUAUAGUUAUUUUAAA